UGUGGAGACAAAGCGAGAGGAAAUAAUUACAACGUGUUAUCAUGCGAUCCGUGUAAAUGUGUAUUUAAACGAAAUGCACACAAAUACGAGUCAUUGAACUGUAUUUAUGACAACAACUGUACAAUAGAUGUGUUGAGUCGUAAGCAUUGCCGCAAAUGUCGUCUCCGGAAGUGCUUUACUAUUGGAAUGAGAAAAGAGAUGAUAUUGUCUGAAGACGAGAAGACAUUGAGGUUGGAUCUGAUCCAAGAAAACAGACGCAACAGACAGUCCACUGCCGAUACACAGCUGCUGACGAGUCAAUCAACCACUCCUGAGACCAAUGAUAAUAAUACAAUAUUGGUUAACAAUAAGCAAACACACGGUGAAAAUGAUUACAGUAUAGUCUCACUUUCCAUUGAGCGACCGAUCGCUAAAUAUCUAUACAUUUAUUUCAAUGAUAUGGAGACUAAACGAUUGAGUGAAUGGUUUGACGCGAUUAACAGGUAUUCGUUGCCAACGAUUACAUCCGACUAUCAAUUGGAUGUAAUCAACAAAUUCAACAAAAAUACUGUCUCACAGACUGUCGGCCGACAAUUAUUAGCUAUAUAUUUAGAGCUAAUUGCCCUCAAAAUGGUCAAGGUAUUAUCAAGUAUAGAUGCCUUUGUAAGCCUAACUCAGCAUGACCAAAUUACAAUUAUAAAGUACGGCGCGAUUGAAUUGUGCAUGGUAUUAUCGGCCCUGCAUUUUGAAAAUAAAAUUAAAUAUUAUAGGACCAGCUCGAUGUAUAAUUCCGCAAUCGUUGGGUUGUUAUUUCAAGCGCUAAGAAACUGUAAUACAGUAGAUUGUAAACAUGGUAUAUUUAAUAAUGUUCUGGACAAUGUUUGGGAGUACGAUUGGAGCGUGAUCAGUUUGUUAAUCAUUAUAAUUAUGUUUAACCCGAAUCGUCCGCAUCUGAUCCAUAGGGAUGUGAUUGAGUUUCAACAACACGUUUACAAACAUUUACUUAAAAAGUAUCUCCACUUUAAAUACCGAUCGGAAUACGAGUCGAGCCAUAACUGUGUAAUUAUUUGCGGCGGCAAAGCGAGAGGCAAAAACUACGGCGCGAUUUCAUGCGAGUCGUGUAAAACAACAUUUCGUAGAAAUGUCCACAAAUACGAGUCAUUGAACUGUAUUUAUGACAACAACUGUACAAUAGAUGUUAUUGCCGCAAAUGUCGUCUCCGGAAGUGUUUUGCGGUCGGAA